AUGAUGAAUAUAGCUGGAGGGAGCAUGGCUACAGGGCAAUAUGCAAAAGACUCAAGUGACCCUCUUGCUACAGAAGUGGUUAAUCUUGAAGAAGAGACAACCAAGAAACCCACUGUGCCACAUGAAGAGGUUGCACAAUCAACCAAUGCAGGUUCAUCCGGUCCCAAACCAAAAAAGGCCAAACCAAAUCCUUGUGCGGAAGACAGGUUGCAUGCCACCAUACUUGCAUCCAGUGAAAGAAUUGCUAUUGCCAUAGAGAAGAGUUCUAGCACCGAGAACAAUGCCAUAGAUGGUCUUUGGGAGAGCAUGAAAGUACUUACUGGGUUCAGUUUGGAUUACCUUGCUCAUUACUACGCAUAUUUGGUUGACAAUCCUCGUGUUGCUAUGGCAUUCAAGGUGUUGGAAGAGGAUCAAAAGAAGGUUUGGGUUUCUAGGUAUGUCAAGAAUACCUUUACUGAAGCGUAA